CAGAAAAUGGAAAUCCAGAAAGAAUUUUUUUCGAAUGCAAUGAAUGGGGAGUAGUUCUUUGAGCACCCUCUUAUUCGCCUCUUCUUUCCUCUGAGCUGCCUGUCCUUCUCCUCCCCUCCCCACCCUACCCCCAACCUGGAUGCCUGUCUGCUAGAAAAGGCGCGAUUGCUUCUCUUCUUCUCUCCAAGAAGUCUAAUACUCAUUUUAGUCUCACUCCCUGCCACACACCCCAAGUGUCUUCUCAGUGUUCUUCCAGUCACCAGGUCCUCUGGACAGUUCUUGUCAUAACCCCAUUUCACAGACAAAGGCUUAGGAGGGAAAAAGAACCAAACUGUUUCCUGUGUUAGCCAUUUUAAUGCUGUCCAGCCCCAGACGCCCAGUUCCCAUCCCUGAUACUUCUUGUGCCUGUGUCUUGAACCUUCACAAUGGGAUGUGUGUGUGGGGGUUGUCUCUUGGAUAGCUUUGUGCAGUUUCUUUAUAAAUCUGCAUUGUUGCUUCUGGUUUAUGGCCAUGAAGAAAAUACCAGCCCCCACCCAAAAGGCACUGCAGCCAAGUCGGUUAAAGGCACUGAGUGUGGGAGUCAGUAGGGGGCGCAUUCCCUGCACUGGGUAAGGCUGCAGAGGGGGGAAGGGCCCCAGAACUAGAACAGGAUGUGCUGAACAGCGCCUUCUACAGACCAUGGGAAAAUGGGUCCAGCAAGACUUGCACUGGGUGAGCUGACAGCAACAUGGCGAAGGAUUAAGUGAGGCUAGAGAGAUUUUAUUUAAGAAAGCCACUUCUCCGUUUGGAAAGUUGUCUUUUUUUACUUUUUCAAACCUGUUCACCCUCAGACUUUGAUUGCUGAUCAGUCACCUUGGUGCACAUCCUUGGGUCAUAGGUUCCCUUUCUCAAGAAUUCCUUCACCUUAAGGUUUGAUGUGUUGACAUCUCUUUCCUAGGCCAGGUGGUAAAGGGCGUGGUUGUUUAAAACCUGAAAGUCACGGGCUUGGGGGAUCAGGUCAAUCCAAAUCCGACUCUUUUGAGAGUGGAAAGUCAUUCUUGAGAGGUUUUGUGGGUUGGUGAUUUUGACAGCCAUGAAAGAUGGGUGUCAGGAUUUGCAAGGCUUUGUUGGUAAACAUCAGGUCCCAAUUGAGUUCUUCAUUGUCAAACUUAAUAGAGUUCAUUGCAAAUUUGUGUUGCCUUCCAACCUUGAGCCCUUCAGCAGUACUGUCAGUAGCCAACCGCCUUUGCAAGUGUUGACACCAGUCUUGGUUCGGUGCGCACCCACCUUUUUAGGGUGUGUGGAUUUCUGUAGAUUUUACUCCUGUUGUUAUUUCCAUAGGUGUGAGAUGUACAGUACGAAACCUAGGCCCCAGCUUUUACACCGUGAUGCACAGGGUUGCACUUUUUGUACUGAACUGAUAGGUGGCCUAGUGGUUAUUCCCUGUACUGCCAUUUUGAGGAUCUGGACUCCGUUCCCUGCCUUGCUCUUUGGACUACAUUGUCAAUUCACACCGGUGGGUAUAUCAAUUUGGAGGGUGGGGACUGCAGCAUCAGGAAAGCUAGAGACUUCCUCCUGAUCACCACCAGAACAUGAACUUCCAAAAUUUCAGCCUAGCCACAUUCCUCAAGGAACUCGUUAGAGCUGGUUGCAGUAAUGUGUUUUGAACGUUUAAAAUAUGUGUCUCUCUUAAGAGAAAAUUUUUAAAGUUGAUGAUGUUGUUGUAAUCAUUUGCAUCCUGCACUUUUGGACAUAAAGUUUUAAGUAGUCUAACUCAAGACUUGCUCAGCUUCUGAAAGCCUUAGUUACUUGGUUAAAGGGAUCUGGGGAAAGUAGUUCAUUGGUAGAGAUGUGACUGGCCUGGUAAGAGUCUCUGGAUUUGACUUGUUCUUGUUUGGUAAUAUUGACAGUGAUGCUAGUAUCUGUGAAUGCUUUAUGCUACUGUUACAGACAUCUUCCAUCGACGUGCCAAGAUAAAUUAAGGGAUACCAAAUAAAUGUAUGUAAAUAGCUAUUUAAUACUUGAAGUGGGUGGGGUUUUUUGUGUGUUUUUGGUUUUUUAGGGUUUUGUUUGUUUGUUUGUUUGUUUUAGGUUGCUGUCAGGUAGCAUUUUGCUGAGUGAAAAAGAGGCACCUUGUUAUCAGUAUUGCUCUAAAAACUACAUUGGAUUCAUGGUUUGUUUAUGUAUUUUUACUAUUUACACAGUCCAAUAUUAAAUACAAGUAAGAUUGUUUGUGAUCUGGAAAUACUGUGGUAUUAGUGUUUGUUAAACACAGAAAGUGAAUGAUAAGAGAACAGUUUCCUGUUAGAACGUGUGUUUGUGAGAUGACGUUUGCAAAUGUUCCUUUGUUCAUUCUUAUAAACGGCAUGACAGAGUUAGCUGGUUUCUUUAUGUGGUGGUCAUCUUCCCUUCAGGGAAGUGAGUGUGUAUGUCCUUACAGUUUCAGCAGUCAGCUGGGUUUGGCACAAAAGGGGAGGGUUGGAAGGUGCGAAUUUGUUUUUAUCAUAUGUGAAUAGUGUUUUCUCUACAUAGAUUUUUGUGCUUUGUGUGCCUGCAGUGCCCGAGGAGACCAAGAGAGAGCAAUAGAUUUCCUAACAUUGGAGUUGCUGAUGGUUAUGAUGGUGAGAGUGCUGGGAACUGAACUUAGUCCUCUGCGAGAGCAGCUGAGCCAUCGCUUAGACCUAUGAAAGCUGAGAUUUACAGUAUAUGAACUAGAAUCCUUUGACAGCCUUAGUUAACCUGAGUAGGGAACUUAGUGAGAUUAUAUUCUGUCCCAUUGGAAGGAAAGAUUUCCAUAUACUAUUAGCCUGCUUCCUAAAAGGGGUAGCUACAGCAACUUGAUUACAGAGGAUGGAUGAGCAGGGAGGAGUCACGGAAUGUGAAGCACAUUCUUGUCCUUGUCAGUGAAACAUGCCAAAAACUAUGUUCCAACUUCCUGUCAACAAUCUUGGCAGUUUAAGAAAAGCCCGGAAAACUGUGAAAAAAAUACUUAGUGACAUUGGGUUGGAAUACUGUAAAGAACAUAUAGAAGAUUUUAAACAGUUUGAACCUAAUGACUUUUAUUUGAAAAACACUACAUGGGAGGAUGUAGGACUGUGGGACCCUUCUCUUACGAAAAAUCAGGACUAUCGGACAAAACCUUUUUGCUGCAGUGCUUGUCCGUUUUCCUCAAAAUUCUUCUCUGCCUACAAAAGUCAUUUCCGGAAUGUCCAUAGUGAAGACUUUGAAAAUAGGAUUCUUCUUAACUGCCCUUACUGUACCUUCAAUGCAGAUAAAAAGACUUUGGAAACACACAUUAAAAUAUUUCAUGCUCCAAACUCCAGCGCACCAAGUAGCAGCCUCAGCACUUUCAAAGAUAAAAACAAAAACGAUGGCCUUAAACCUAAGCAGGCUGACAAUGUAGAGCAAGCCGUGUAUUACUGCAAGAAGUGCACUUACCGAGACCCUCUCUAUGAGAUCGUCAGGAAGCACAUCUACAGGGAACAUUUUCAACACGUGGCAGCACCCUACAUAGCAAAGGCAGGAGAAAAAUCACUCAAUGGUGCAGUCUCCCUGGGCACAAAUGCCCGAGAAGAGUGUAACAUCCACUGCAAGCGAUGCCUUUUCAUGCCCAAGUCCUAUGAAGCUUUGGUACAGCAUGUCAUUGAGGACCAUGAACGGAUAGGCUAUCAGGUCACUGCCAUGAUCGGACACACAAAUGUUGUAGUUCCCCGAGCCAAGCCCUUGAUGCUGAUAGCUCCCAAACCUCAAGACAAAAAGGGCAUGGGACUCCCACCACGGAUCAGCUCCCUUGCUUCUGGAAAUGUCCGGUCGUUGCCAUCACAGCAGAUGGUGAACCGAUUGUCAAUACCAAAGCCCAACUUAAAUUCAACGGGAGUCAACAUGAUGUCCAAUGUUCACCUGCAGCAAAACAACUAUGGAGUCAAAUCUGUGGGCCAGAGCUAUGGUGUUGGCCAGUCGGUGAGGCUGGGACUAGGUGGCAAUGCUCCAGUCUCCAUCCCUCAACAGUCUCAGUCCGUGAAACAGUUACUUCCAAGUGGGAAUGGGAGGUCUUUUGGGCUAGGUGCUGAGCAGAGGCCCCCAGCAGCAGCCAGGUACUCCCUGCAGACUGCCAACACCUCUCUACCCCCAGGCCAAGUGAAGUCUCCCUCUGUGUCUCAGUCACAGGCAUCUAGAGUAUUAGGUCAGUCCAGUUCUAAACCUCCACCAGCCGCCACAGGCCCUCCUCCAAGCAACCACUGUGCCACUCAGAAGUGGAAAAUCUGUACAAUCUGUAACGAGCUUUUCCCUGAGAACGUCUACAGCGUUCACUUCGAAAAGGAGCAUAAAGCUGAGAAAGUCCCAGCCGUAGCUAACUACAUUAUGAAAAUACACAAUUUUACUAGCAAAUGCCUCUACUGUAAUCGCUAUUUGCCUACAGAUACCCUACUCAACCAUAUGUUAAUUCAUGGUCUGUCUUGUCCAUAUUGCCGUUCCACCUUCAACGAUGUAGAGAAAAUGGCAGCACACAUGCGAAUGGUUCAUAUUGAUGAAGAGAUGGGGCCUAAAACGGAUUCUACUUUGAGCUUUGAUUUGACAUUGCAACAGGGCAGUCACACCAACAUUCAUCUCCUGGUGACCACAUACAACCUGAGGGAUGCCCCUGCUGAAUCAGUUGCUUACCAUGCCCAAAAUAAUGCCCCAGUUCCUCCAAAGCCACAACCAAAAGUUCAGGAAAAAGCGGAUGUCCCCGUUAAAAGUUCACCUCAAGCUGCAGUGCCCUAUAAAAAGGAUGUUGGGAAGACCCUUUGCCCUCUUUGCUUUUCAAUACUAAAAGGACCCAUAUCUGAUGCACUUGCACAUCAUUUACGAGAAAGACACCAAGUUAUUCAGACAGUUCAUCCAGUUGAGAAAAAGCUAACUUACAAAUGUAUCCAUUGCCUUGGUGUGUAUACUAGCAACAUGACCGCCUCAACCAUCACUCUGCAUCUAGUCCACUGCAGGGGUGUCGGGAAAACCCAGAAUGGCCAGGACAAGACAAACGCACCUUCUCGCCUCAAUCAGUCUCCAGGCCUGGCCCCUGUGAAGCGCACGUAUGAGCAAAUGGAGUUUCCACUGCUAAAAAAGCGGAAGCUGGAGGAUGAUACUGAUUCCCCUAGCUGCUUUGAAGAGAAGCCAGAAGAGCCUGUUGUUUUAGCUUUAGACCCCAAGGGUCAUGAAGAUGAUUCUUAUGAGGCUAGGAAAAGCUUUCUCACAAAGUACUUCAACAAACAGCCCUAUCCCACCAGGAGAGAAAUUGAGAAGUUAGCUGCCAGUCUAUGGCUAUGGAAGAGUGACAUUGCCUCCCAUUUCAGUAACAAGAGGAAGAAGUGUGUCCGCGACUGUGAAAAGUACAAGCCUGGUGUACUGCUAGGUUUUAACAUGAAAGAAUUAAAUAAAGUCAAACAUGAGAUGGAUUUUGAUGCUGAGUGGCUAUUUGAAAAUCACGAUGAGAAAGACUCAAGAGUCAAUGCUAGCAAGACUGUUGACAAAAAGCUUAACCUUGGGAAAGAAGAUGACAGCUUCUCAGAUAGUUUUGAACAUUUGGAAGAAGAAUCCAAUGGAAGCGGGAGUCCUUUUGACCCUGUCUUUGAAGUUGAGCCUAAAAUUCCCAGUGAUAAUUUAGAGGAGCCUGUACCGAAGGUCAUUCCUGAAGGUGCUUUGGAAUCUGAGAAGCUAGACCAAAAAGAGGAGGAGGAGGAGGAGGAUGGUUCAAAAUAUGAAACUAUCCAUUUGACUGAGGAACCAGCCAAACUAAUGCAUGAUGCCUCUGAUAGUGAGGUAGACCAAGAUGAUGUAGUUGAGUGGAAAGAUGGUGCUUCACCAUCUGAGAGUGGGCCUGGUUCCCAACAAAUCUCAGACUUUGAGGAUAAUACAUGUGAAAUGAAACCAGGAACCUGGUCUGAUGAGUCUUCCCAGAGUGAAGAUGCAAGGAGCAGUAAGCCAGCUGCCAAAAAAAAGGCUACAGUGCAAGAUGACACAGAGCAGUUAAAAUGGAAGAAUAGUUCCUAUGGAAAAGUUGAAGGGUUUUGGUCCAAGGACCAGUCACAGUGGGAAAAUGCAUCUGAGAAUGCAGAGCGCUUACCAAACCCACAGAUUGAGUGGCAGAAUAGCACAAUUGACAGUGAGGACGGGGAGCAGUUUGACAGCAUGACUGACGGAGUUGCUGAUCCCAUGCAUGGCAGCUUAACUGGAGUGAAGCUGAGCAGCCAGCAAGCCUGAGGCCCUGGCGUGCCAUAGCAUAUGCAUAUGGGCCGUGUUGCAUCCUGGACUUCUGCUCUCCUUCCAGUCUGACUGCAAAGCUGUCUUCUAACUGGCACUACCUUGCAAGGACUGGUCAGUCAGCAGGCUGUGGGGAUGUGUGACCACUGUAGUCCUAGUGGUUAUUUCCAAGUCUAUGAUAGAUGACUGGUUGAUCUUUGUUCAGACUCUUCUCUGGUAGACUCGGUGAUGAAGUGUGAAAAACCAGUAAGCUGGUAGCUCAUGAAUGCACACAGGGAGAAGUAGUAGUUCGUUACCUACCUGCCUUCCCAGCAUUUCUUCCCUUCAGAUGUUUGGUUGGAUGUCCUGGGAAAGCCUUAUCCUGAUUCACAUAGUAGUGCAGGGCGGGCAUACAAACUACCAGUCAAAUGUGUCUAGUAGACUUGGGAACAUGGACCGUUUUUUCAUGUAUCUUCUGAAUAGUUGAAAUGUAUAUUUGUACAGUCUUUUAGACCUCAAGUGAUGCUUAUGACACUGUUACUGUGUGCCCGUCAUAGAUUGGUUUUUAGUGUUGCCCUUGCUGUGUGAUAAAUGCUAUAUCUAGUUUACCUAGCAGAAGCUUGACCCUGCGAUAGUAUGGACCUUUGGACAGACUUAGUUUUUGCACAUAACCUUGUACAAUCUUGCAACAGAGGCCAGCAACAUAAGAUAUAUAUCUGGACUCUCCUGUAUUAUAGAAUUUUUUUCUUGUUCUGAGUAUCCUUGACAUUACAAUUGUCAAAAAUGGUAUUUCAGAUCUCUUUCUGAGACCUUUUAAGCUAAAAUAACAUGCAAGAAUUGAUUUUACAGCUACUAAUUUUGACACCUUUUAGAUCUGUAAGAGUGUUGUAUCAGAGCAGCAAGCACAGUUGAGUGCUGCGUUUGGGAUAUUUAGUUUCCUCUUUAGUUGAGCACCACUGGGUGUAUUCAUUUAUACCAUCUAAUAUAUGACACACUGUUGUAGUCUGUAUGAUUUUGUGGUCUUUAUUUCUCUUUGUAUUCAUUUUAAGCAUCUAAAUAAAUUGCUGUAUUGUGCUUAAUGUAAA